CUUGUCACUACAAACAAACUGCUUGUCUUUCUAUUUCUUUUUCUAUCCCCCCUUCAAUGUUGGAGACCUCUUCCUCCUUCUUUAAUAAACUCUCUGCCUUGCUUUUCCUGGGCUACUGCUUUGUGGAUGUUGGCGGCUUCUUGUUGUGACAGGAGAAUGUGUGUGUGUCCUGGGCCCAGGCGGAUUGCAAUUCCAGUCAGAAGCUCCAGGUUGCCAUUGUUCUCUGAUGCCAUGCCAGCACCAACUCAGUUCUUGCUCCCAUUAAUUCGCAACUGUGAGAUUGGCAGGAUAUACAAUACUGCAUGCUACUGUCACCACAAACAUCUGUGUUGCUUGUCCCCUCAUUUGACUCACAAGCACUUGAGCUAUGUUCCACAAAAAAAGCUUGCAACGCUCUGUAGACCAAAGGAGAACUUCAGUCAGUUUAUUCAUGCAAGGAAUUAUGUCUCCACGCCACAGAGAUUUUACCUCACACCUCCACAGGUCAACAGCAUCCUGAAGGCAAAUGAGUACAGUUUCAAAGUUCCAGAGUUUGAUGGCAAAAAUGUAAGUUCUGUCCUUGGCUUUGAUAGCAACCAGCUUCCUGCCAAUGCGCCAAUAGAAGACCGAAGAAGUGCAGCUACUUGCUUACAAACAAGAGGAAUGCUUCUCGGUGUAUUUGAUGGUCAUGCAGGAUGUGCCUGUGCACAAGCUGUCAGUGAAAGACUGUUUUAUUACAUAGCUGUUUCUCUGUUACCCCAUGAGACUUUACUUGAAAUAGAAAAUGCUGUUGAGAGUGGUAGGGCCCUGUUGCCCAUCUUACAGUGGCACAAGCACCCCAAUGACUAUUUCAGCAAAGAAGCCUCCAAAUUGUAUUUUAACAGUUUGCGAACUUACUGGCAGGAACUCAUAGACCUUAACACUGGGGAGACGACUGAUGUAAAAGAGGCUUUAAUUAACGCCUUUAAGAGGCUUGACAAUGACAUUUCUUUGGAAGCUCAAGUAGGAGAUCCGAAUUCUUUCCUCAACUAUUUGGUAUUGCGUGUAGCCUUUUCUGGUGCAACUGCCUGUGUGGCUCAUGUAGAUGGUGUUGAUUUGCAUGUUGCUAAUACCGGCGACAGCAGGGCCAUGCUAGGUGUCCAAGAAGAGGAUGGAUCUUGGUCUGCUGUUGCUCUGUCUUACGAUCAUAAUGCACAGAAUGAAAGUGAGACUGAACGACUCAAAAUGGAGCACCCAAAGUCUGAAGAAAAGAGUGUUGUGAAACAAGAUCGGCUGUUAGGCUUACUGAUGCCUUUCAGAGCUUUUGGUGAUGUCAAAUUUAAAUGGAGCAUUGACCUUCAGAAGAGAGUGAUAGAGUCAGGCCCAGAUCAGCUCAAUGACAAUGAAUAUACAAAGUUCAUACCACCAAACUACCAUACUCCUCCGUACCUCACAGCUGAACCAGAGGUGAUACAUCACAAAUUAAGACCUCAGGAUAAAUUCCUGAUACUGGCGACAGAUGGCUUGUGGGAAACCAUGCACAGACAAGAUGUGGUUAGAAUUGUAGGUGAGUAUCUAACAGGUGUUCAUCACCAAGAGCCAAUAGCUGUUGGAGGUUACAAGGUAACUUUGGGACAGAUGCAUGGGCUUCUAACGGAAAGGAGAGCCCGGGUCUCUUCUGCCUUUGAAGAUCAGAAUGCAGCAACUCACUUGAUACGUCAUGCUGUGGGAAAUAACGAGUUUGGCACUGUUGAUCAUGAUCGGCUGUCCAAGAUGCUCAGUCUUCCAGAAGAGUUGGCUCGGAUGUACAGGGAUGACAUUACAAUUAUAGUGGUGCAAUUCAAUUCCCAUGUAGUAGGUGCAUGUCAAAAUGAAGAGUUCUAAAUUUUAAACUGAAGUGGUGAACCUAAGUUUUCACAGAACAAAAUGGCCAGUACUGAGUGCAUCAUAGUGUAAUUUAUUUGGUUAAUGUCUGGUCAUUGGAAUUUCAGCUGGAGCAAGUAUAAUGUGCAAAAAAUUUGAGACAAUGGUCAAAGGGAUACUGAACUAAUUUAAGCUACCAGGAGAGCAGAACAACCUCACACUAAUCAAUCUAUUUGCUUGAACAGUGGCUUGUAAUUUGGGAUUACUUGGUGGAAGUAAAUGCUGCAAAUGGAUCAGUGCAAUGUCCUGCAGAGCAAAAAAAAAAAAAAUCUUGUGUGUUUUUUCACCUGUAAAUAUCUGUAUAGGUAGGUAUCUAAAUAGCUAUACAGAACAUUGGAUGGUAAGGGUUAUAAAUCUAAAAUUAGGGCUGAUGAUUUUUAUAUCUAAAAAGUAGCUCUGGCGUCUUCCCUUCAGAAAAGGAAGUGAGUUUUUUAACAAGUCGGUAGAUGUCUUGAUAUAGUAUAUAGCUAUCCUUUCUUGGGCAAUGAUAUCUUGGUUGAAAUACAUGCCAAGAAUACCAAUGUUAAAAGUGAAGUCUCUAAGCCAUAAAUAUCUUAAGCCUGUCCAGAAGUAUUAGAAGUGGAAUAAGAUUUUGCAUCAAAUGACUUAUUUUGCACAGUUCAAAGGGCAAUAAAUAAUAAUGGGAAGAUCAGUUAACUAGGGGGGAAAUGCAAAAAAAACCCCACAUUUGGCUUGCAUUAUGAAACUGUGAUGCUACCUUUUUAAAAACUUGACCUAAUCUUGCAAAACAUUACACUCUUUGUAAGCAACAGUCCUGGCUUGUACCAAACCUAUUUCUAGGCAUUAGUCUGGUCUUGUGUUGAACCCAGAUAAACAGUGACUUUGUAACUAGUGCAGUCACAUCUGUUGUAAUUUCAAUUAAAGUUUAGUCUUGUGUUCUGGAUGUUUUAAGUAUCAAAGAGCAAAAACAUAUCCAUUUAGCUUGGUUCCUGUGGUUACUAUUGAAGAAAACGUUGUAAUAAGAUUUGUAAAUAGGUAAAGUAAUGGAGAAAAGUCUGCAUGCUGUAUGCUUAAUCCUACUGGUGCUGCAGCAUUGACUAAUGCCUCCUUUCAAAAUUUCACUGCUGUGGUGUGUAUUUGCUUAAAUCCAAAAUCUUCUCAUAAAAUUGCAUGCCUCAACUUGGAGAUUUGUAUCUCUACCAUAUACAGUGCUUACCUGGAAUUGUUAGGCAAAUUAAAAAAGCAAAGCUUUAUUGGUAAGCACAAUUUUGAACAUUCUUAAAAAUAGUGGAAAAUUGAAAGACUUCCCAAAUGUAAAACAAGAUCAAUUGCCUUUCUGCUAAUAUCAGACUGUUUUUUAUCUGUUCUUGAAGUGGUAGUACAGCUAUGAUAGAAAAUUUGUUUAAUAUUUUUCUCUAGCUCUUGUCUAGAUUUGAGCCCCAUCCAGAUGAACAUUGAAAUCUAUUGUGCUUCUCUAUUUAAAUAUAAGCAUUCCACUUAGAAAGGUCCACUGGAAGUUUCCUUUAUCACAUAUGUAAUCAAUUUUUGAGCUAGCACAUUCUAAAGAAUGUCUAUGUUCUUGGCAAUAUGGAUACAUUUUUCAAAAUAAACCAAGGAAUACUAUUUCUAGAGGACUUCUCUAGUCAACGCUUUAUUGUGUUUAUAGCACUUAAGUUUCUUAACACUAAUGCUCCUUUUGCUUUUUUCUGUACACUGAAAAUCAUAUUUGUCUAUAAAGUAGCAAAUAUUGAACUGCAAGUAUAAAAAAAAUAUAACUGCACCAGUUCCUGACAUAAGGUAUUUUUGUACUUUAUAUACAUAUCUGUGUGCAAAAAUCAAUGUGCAAAUCCUAAAGACUUUGGAACCCUAACAAAAAUGGGUAAUUCCCCUCUUUCUGUGUCCAAGAAAAAUAAUUAUGCUAUCCUUUGUCUACAAAACUGAGCAACUUAGUAUUCAUUGCCUUUAUAAUAGAGUGUAACUAAAUCUCAUUGGUUAGGUCAAAUCUUUUUUGUAUGCUGUCUACAAACUAGAUCUAAACUGUUACAUUAUCCAGACUUCCUUACUUUUUUUUGUUAGUUGUAAAAUGUAUAGUACAUGUAAAUGUCUCAUUUUGGUUUGGUACUAGUCUUAACUAACAAAUCGGGCCCUGGUCUUGUAUGUUCAGCACUUGUGGGGGCUAGGUUUGUAAAAUGAAUGAUGAACAUCCAUAGGAUUUAAAUGAAGACUCCCAAAUAUGUAUGCAAUGAAUCAGUAUUGUUGCUUUCUGAACAUCACGUGGAUAUGAUCUGAGAACAAAUAUCUUUUAGUAGCCUUCAAUAAAAUUAUCUAUUAUACAAACAUUCAUGCUUUAGAGUUCUAUAGGAUUCAUUAAAAUGUUGUCUUGCUUUUCAUUUGCUGAAAUGAUCCUGGUAAUGUGACAAAUUUGGCCAGAAGGUUUCUAACCUCUAAUGGAACAAUUAAUGUAUGGCGUUAUGAAAAUGCAGACAGUGAAACAGUCCUGCCUCAAGAUGGCUUGCAGUUGGAAUAAAUGAGCGAUGUCAGACUUACUGGACAGUUCUACGGUUUGUACUUUCCUUACC